AUGGAACGGAAGAAUACCACCUAUGAAGAACUUCUAAGAAAAACAGAACAAGGGCCCAAACUUAAACCCUACGAAGAGAUAAAAAGCCUAUUCAUGGGUUGGUUGCAAUACCACCAGGUGAAUGACUUGUUAAAAGAAGAUAAAAAGAACCUAGGUUUUGAAGACAAAAAGUCAAAAUUCAACGUAGAGGUUGUAGAAGGGCUCUGGGGCUUGGUGAACAAUGCGGGAAUAGGUGUCCCAUCAGGUCCCAACGAAUGGCUGACCAAAGAUGACUUUGCAAAGGUGAUCAAUGUCAACCUGCUAGGGUUGAUUGACGUGACGCUACACAUGCUGCCGCUGGUGAGGAGAGCCAGAGGGAGGGUGGUCAAUGUGUGCAGUGUGAAUGGACGCCUGGCCUGCUUCGGAGGCGGUUACUGCCCAUCAAAGUUUGGUGUGGAAGCCUUCUCUGACACCCUGAGAAGAGAGCUCCAUCCUUUUGGAAUCAAAGUCAGCAUUGUUGAACCAGGUAGUUUCAAGACACCCAUACAGUCAAAAUUAGCUGAGUCCUACGAACCUUUAUGGAGCCGGUUACCUUCUGACCUGAAGGAAUGCUAUGGGCGGAAGUACUUUGAGCAAUGUUGCAAAAUAAGCGAAUAUUUCCAAAAGGCUGGCAGCGACAACCUUCACCUGGUCACCGACUGCAUAGAACAUGCCCUGACAUCCUGCUCCCCUCGCACUCGCUACUCUCCAGGCUGGGAUGCAAAGCUCUUCUACCUUCCUGUCUCUUACUUUCCAACGUCCAUCACUGACUUCGUGAUGAGCUGCAUUUGGCCUAAACCAGCUCAAGCAAUAUAG